GACUGAGUGACUGGCCUGAGGUCAACCAGUGAUCUUCAUGUCUGAGUGGGGAUUUGAACCCUGUUCUCUCGGGUCUUAAUCUGACACACUGAACCACACUGGGAAGAUGUAUUUACUGUUCUCGGCGCAUCUGCCAAAAUUCUGAUGCAAAAAAUCCUGUCAGUUACAAAGGCAAGAAUUGGGGACCUCGUGCCCAGGGGCCGAAUGUGGCGCUCCAAUCCUCUCAAUCUGGCCCUCCGAAAUCUCAGGUGUCGCACCCCCUGAAGCUGCACACACACUUCACUGAUUCUCCUUCACGCUUUCUCUGAAAGUUUUUUGCCCAGCGGAAAUGCAUCCUUGAACUCUGAUCAGGCUUCUUGCUUGUCUGGAUGAAGGAUGGAGAGGGGAGUCUUAUGUGUAAAAACUAGGCUUUUGUACAAAGACGAAAAGCCGCAUUUGUGGCCCCACACGUCACUGAGAUAUGGCACAGCGACAAGGGUUUGCCUCCCUUGUUUUAAUGCGGCUGUGGGGAACCUUUGGCCCUCCAGUUGUUGCCGGACUGCAACUCCCAUCACCCCUCGCCCAUUGGUCGUUCUUGCUGAGGCUGCUGGGAGUUGUAGUUCUGCCACAUCUGGAAGGCCAAAGCUUCCUCAUUCCUUCUAAAAGGUGUCAAAAUGCUUUCUUUUUUUGGUCCUACACAUGGUUUUCUCUUUUGGCCGAGUAUAUAAAAAGCCCCCAGACAGAAAUAUUAAUUGCUUUUCAGGCAGAUUAAUUUGCUGUGCGCCUCUUGAGACCCAGCCGUGUUUCCCCUGCAGAUCUUUCAUCUCCCUCCAUCCGCUAUGGAGAAUGGUUGCUUCUGUUGCCGUUGGCAACGAAAACACAGCUCAGGCCAGGGGAGUGUUUGCUCCUGGAUAAAGCCUGGCUUUACAUGCACAGGGGAAGAUGCAAGGCAGAGUGAGCGAUUGCUGAAGAUCCAACAGUAUGUCGAAGGAGAAGAAAGUGGCAAGUUUCUUGGACAAUGCACAGUUCUUGGAAAAAGUGGGAUCCAACAAUAUGUCGAAGCAGAAGAAGGUGGCAAGUUUCCUGGACAAUUCACAGUUCUUGGAAAAAGUGGGAGCCGACAAAAUGUCGAAGCAGAAGAAGGUGGCAAGUUUCCUGGACGAUGCACAGUUCUUGGAAAAAGUUGGUGUACAUUCAGUAUCAAAUGCCACUUUACAAAAAGGAAGCCCAUCUUUGUGGAAUGUUUCUGCAGCAGUCUCUGAUGAAGGACUAUUGGUUACCAAUAUCAACCAGACACAGGAUUUAUUGAGACUUAAGGAUACAGCAAUGCUGUUUGCUGGGUUGAAGUCCACAGAUGAAUGGAUUCAAGUCUAUGGUUUAAAACCCAUGCAACUCUCAUUCGACGAUCUAAUGAAGAAGGGCAGCAUUGUGAUAAAUCCAGAUGAUCCAACAGAGAGUAUUGAAUUUACUAAGGAGUCUGUUAACUAUUUUGAAUCUGAGUUGCGUAAAACUAUUGCUCUCUAUGACAGACGCAUUGAGUGGCUGCUGCAGGAUAGCAGGAAGAUAUUUGGUAUGAUCCGUGGGGAUAAAGUUGGAGUUCUGAUUGACACAUCAGAUGUAAACUGUGGACCCAGACUGCAGGAUUUCCAAAGAGAUCUUCUGUCUGUAAUAGAUGAGCAGCUGCUUUACUUGAAGAAGUUAUACUUCCUUUCAUUUGGUACCAAUAUUUCAUUACUUUGGGAGAAGCCAAGAUUUAUCGACGAGAAGGUUUUAGAUGAAGCAAGGCAAUGGGUGCUAAAUCUCAAACCCAGCGGCGGCUGCAAUUUGCUCAAAGCACUGAAGAAAGCCCUUACAGUAAAAGAACUGAAUUCACUGGUGAUUGUGGUAGGAAGCUGCCCAGAUCAAGCCUCGGAAAUAUUGUCUGAGUAUAUCCAGGAAUGUACCGUGGGGAGAAAGCUGUUGGUCCACACUGUCACAUAUGACUGUAGCAAUCAAGUUCCUACUGGUGUGGUAAGAAGCAUAGCAGAAGAUGUGGGAGGCUAUUAUCACUGUUACUCCUCAAAGAGAGAGAAUUGUGACAGCACUGAUAUUCAACUGAUCCUUCUUGAACGCCAAAAGGCCAAGGAGUUGCUCAACAUCAUAAAUGAAAUCUACCAGGGGAGGAUGGGUGACACACUUUUUAACGUAAUGAAACAAGGUUCCAUGGAGUGUUUGAAGCUUCCCUCUGAAACCUCCCUGCCAAAGCCGCCAAAACAUGAUUGUCCUCUUGCAAUACAAAUCCCAAGCUUUUCGGCCCAAACCUCGGCUGAAUGGUUAAAAACGAAUGGACUAAAAGCCAGGAAAUUAAGCCUUUAUCAAGUUUUGGCACCCAAUGCUUUCUCCCCUGUGGAAGAAUUUGUGCCCGUCCUUCAGAAAAUGGUAUCGUCCACAUUACAUGAGAAAGCAAUGACCCAGUUUGAAUGGCAUGAUGGGACGAUUAAAAAUAUUCACGUUGAUCCACCCAUACUGUAUGACUAUCAGAAACGGCUUGGCAGACUGGUGAGGAUGUAUGAGAGACGGGUAGACUGGCUCUCCACAGCUAGUAGAAGAAUUUGGGGGACUGUUUGUGAGAAGAGGAUUGUCAUUCUUAUUGAUGUCUCCAAAACAAAUGCCAUGUACAUCAUUCAUAUCCAACAUUCCCUGCGACUUUUACUCGAGGAGCAGAUGUCGAGCAAGGAUUUCUUCAAUAUCAUAGCCUUUGGAAAUGACGUUAAGGCCUGGCAGGCAGAAAUGGUUCCUUCACACCUAGACAACCUACAAAGGGCCUGGAGCUGGGUACUGACCCUUCAGUGUGAAGGCACUAGAAAUCUUAUGACCGCACUAAGAAGAGCUGUGGAGAUAGACUUUAAAGAUAAAGACAAGCAUAAGUCUCAAAGCAUUUACCUGCUUACGACUGGAGUCCCCGACCAAGAGAAGCAUGCCAUCUGUUCCUACCUGGCUGAGGUCUGUGGCGGCUGUGACUUGAAGCUGCAUGUCUGUCUGUUCAGCGUCGACGGUUUCUCCCUUCAUGAUAUCCCGCCGCGGUAUGCAAGUCUGAAUGAAACGGCUGCGAUUUGUAAAGAAAUGGCCCAGACUGCCAAUGGUCGGUUUCAUUGGUUUGGAGAAACAGGCAUCUAUGAAAGUGACGAUAUCAGCAUUAUCCUAUCUGAAAUGGAAAAAGCUGUCAACUAUUCUCACAAGUGUGCCUUACUAGUGGGAUCCUUAAGGCAGCGUUCAGGAAGUCAUUUGGCUAAUCAGCUGAUGCCUGAAGGAGACCUAACAAUGCUGGAAACACAGAAGAAGAGUAGACCACAGAGGCUGCCAUUUCCAAAGCCAACUGCCCUUACUCUUGCCAGAAUGAACUUCAGAGACCAGCCCGAUGGGGCCAGAAAUGGCACGAUGAAAGCUCUCCUAUGGCGUCCACCAAGUGCCAAAGCGGAAAUUCCUCCAGUACCUUCAAAGGAAAUUUAUCUGACAAGCGGAAAAAAGAAACACAACUUCAAGUCAAAGAAGCGUCCAGAGGUUUCUCUCUUGUUAUUUUAUGCUGACAAAGGAAAAAAAGUAGGUGCAGUUUAUAAAAAAUAUUCAAACACGAAAAAUGUGAAGAAGCAGAUUCCUGUUCCUGUUUUGCCAUUUGAAGAAGAGAUAUGCUCCAGUAAAGCGUGGCUGAGCAGAUUCAGUAUAAAGAAAUUGAAGUUAGACUUGCCCAGCCUUGUUUUUGGACCUGAGUGUGUGCAUCAGAAGGAAAUGGUGGCAUCUUUGCACAAGCAAGUCUCAGCAAAAUACUGUGACAUCUUCCCGAGCGUAGAGAUUCACGGUAUUGUCAAACAUCUGCAGAUUCAGCCCAAAGACCUGGAAGUGUACAUUGAGCAGAUGGAGAGAGUGUUGCGGUGCUACGUUCGAAGAGUCCAGUGGCUUCUGUCAGGUAGUCGUCGAUUGUUUGGUGUCGUUUUGGAAGCGAAUGUUUGCAUCCUGAUUGAUACGUCUGGUUCCAUGGACCGUUCUUUGCAGGAGGUCACAAAAGAGCUCACCUCCCUUAUCUGGGAACAGCUGAGGAAGAAUAAUGUGAAGUUCAGUCUCAUCAGCUUUGCCGAAGAUGUUGACGUUUGGCAGGAGUGCCUUGUGGAGGCCACAAACGAAACAUGCCAUGACGCUGUACAGUGGCUGUCAACAUUUCACGCUCAUGGGAAUACAUCCAUUCUCAAGGCUUUACGGAGAGCUUUCAGCCUUCCGGACGUUGAGGCUUUGUACGUUCUGACUGAUGGAAAACCAGACACCAGCUGCAGUUUGGUCCUGAAAGAAAUUGAAAUGCUUUUGAAGAAACGAGCAAUUAUAAUCCACACUAUUUCGUUUAAUUGCUCAGACAGAGCAGCUAAUGACUUUCUUAAGAAACUGGCCUUCCAGACAGGUGGGCGCUACCAUCGGUGCCACGGGGAUGUGGACGGACAGAUGGCAGCACACCGGCUACUAUCGGAAGGCUUUAAGGACGAAGAUGAUCCAGCUUUCCCCUUGUUUGAAGGAGAUGAUUUAAAGAAACUUGUUGAUGAAAUUGCAAAAGCUAGGAGCUAUUUAACACAGGCCAAGUUCUUUAAAUCGCUAUUAGAAAAAAAGAACAUAAACCAGAAAGACCGCUGCCCAUGAAACAGUUGCCUUCAGGACACGGAGACAGCAAAGGAGGACUUAAUGGAACAUUAUCGGCUCCAUAUCUGGGAUGGGAAAUGUGUCUUCAUGAAUCCACACAUCCUUCAAUGAAAACGAGUGCACCUUUCAGGCAGCUGGGUUUUCAUUCUGAUUUGUUUGCUUUUCCUCAAACAUUUGUGCCAUCCAAAACUGGGGGGGGCAGUGCUAGUGACUCCAAAAUCCAGCAGACACGUGCCUGAUUGAUCCCCCAGUUUGAUCUAGAAAAAUACAAUUAGACACUUGAGUGUGAUCAGACAGCACCUGAAUGACUGUGCUGUGUUCCCCAAUUGCUUGUUUCAGCAGCAGCUUGCCCAGAGGCCUGUAAAGAAUUGAGUGCAUUGCAAAAGCUUGGGCCUGAUCUCAGGAGCCUUUCAAGGAAAUGCAAUUCAAACGCUUGCUGCAAACCAGCACCGUCUCUCAUAAAGAAGGACGAAACAUUGUAGUCUGGGUGCCAUAUCAAAUGGAGAUCCUAGCUGUCUUCCUCCUAGGCUCUUAGCCAAGGAGCAAAAUGGAAUCACAGAACCCAUGAUUGCUGUCACAGAUGCAUCAUGUGGUUUUAAAACCGAGGUGAAUUUUCAGUCAUGUGAAAUUGGCACUAGAAAUGGGAACAAGGCAAUGUGACAUGUGUUGAUGGGAACCAGCUGUACUGUUUGCUAACUGCCAUGUGAAAAAUUCUUCAUAUGGGGCGUCCUCCUCUCUCUUUCUUCUCUCUUUAUUCCUCUCUUCCAAAGAUUGGGAAGGUUUUGCCAUUCAUCUUUUUAAAAGAACACUACCUCUAGUCCUUGGUAAGAUGAACCCUGCUAGUUUGUGAUUUUGAUUAAGUGCUCUGCAUUAAUAGAAACCCACAUUCUUUCGAUAUAUUGUAAAGCUGUGGGUGGGAUCCAAUGCUGGCCGGCGUAGUCCCAUUAAAAUCAAUUCAGUUAUAUAAGUCCACUGAUUUGUUUGGGGCUUUUUGAGUGUGACUUGGUUGGAUAGCAUCUCCUGUUUCUGGUUAAACAUAUAUUUUACCCACGUUAGCGUUUUGCAAAGGAGAGGAACAAAUCUUCAUAGUGUCAUGAACAAACUGGAGUCUCCAAACUCAAUAAGCCAUUGUAUUCUUCUGACUGUU